AAGAGCUGCAAUCUGCAGAAGUGCUUGUUCACGAAGAGAGCGUUUGCUUUUCCUGAGCUCCUCGAUCGUUUCAUCAGUUAUGGUCCAAACAAAACAAGAUGACUUCACACAUUGCGUGCGUAAUCACUUUCCGAAGAGAGAAGCAAAUUCCAGGAUGAGCACGCAGGUCAAUUCCCCAUAUAAAGCAAUGGGCGCCUGCGAGUCCCCAGUCUGGGCGAAAGAGGAUAAAAGAAAGAGACCAGGGAAAAAAAAGGCGGCGCUUUCGAUAUGUGCAGCAAAGAGACUGGGGUCUUGUGACCAUAUAUGAGAAGCUUUGAUUGGAGAGAGAGGAAAGCAGCAGGCAACCCAUGUGGUCGCAUGGAUAGGUAGAGGAGAAAGCAAAUACAGUGAAGGGAAGAGUAACAGGGAGUUGCAGAGGAGGCGACGAUUGGCAAGGAGCGAAGCACCGGUAAAGAUCUCAUCUUUUUGGCUUUCCGCGGGUGUAGGAGUCUGCGAAGAGUCGUUGGGAGAGGGAGAGAGAGAGAGAGAUGAAGGAAGGGGGCGGAGAUGGGUUCGUUAGGGCGGACCAGAUCGAUCUCAAAAGCUUGGACGAGCAACUGGAGCGGCACCUGAGCCGGGCAUGGACGAUGGAGAAGGGGAAGGAGGAGGAGGAGAGGAGGGAGAGGCAGCGAGAGGAGUGGGAGAUUGAUACAUCCAAGCUGGCGAUCAAGGGAGUCAUCGCCAGGGGCACCUUCGGCACCGUACACCGCGGGGUCUACGACGGUCAGGACGUCGCCGUAAAGUUGCUUGAAUGGGGAGAAGAAGGAAAUAGAACAGAAUCUGAAAUUGCUGCACUUCGGGCAGCAUUCUCUCAGGAAGUCGCAGUUUGGCAUAAACUUGAUAAUCCAAAUGUCACUAAGUUCAUUGGAGCAACCAUUGGAGCAACAAACUUAAACAUACAAACAGAGAACGGCCAUCUUGGCAUGCCCAGCAAUGUUUGCUGUGUCGUCGUUGAAUACCUUCCUGGCGGGACACUCAAAUCAUUUCUUAUAAAACACCAUAGAAGAAAGCUCACUUUCAAGGUAGUGAUCCAGAUAGCUUUGGAUCUUGCAAGAGGAUUAAGUUAUCUUCAUUCCAAAAAGAUUGUGCACAGAGAUGUCAAGACAGAAAAUAUGCUUCUAGAUAGGACGGGAACAGUAAAAAUAGCCGACUUCGGUGUUGCACGUAUUGAGGCUCAAAAUCCCAAUGAUAUGACUGGCGAGACAGGGACCCUCGGUUAUAUGGCACCAGAGGUGCUUAAGGGCGGCCCGUACAAUCGAAAAUGUGAUGUCUACAGCUUUGGUGUCUGCCUGUGGGAGAUUUAUUGUUGCGAUAUGCCCUAUCCUGACCUUAGCUUUUCUGAGAUCACGUCUGCAGUCAUGCGACAGAACUUGAGGCCAGACAUUCCGCGCUGCUGCCCGAGCACUCUGGCAAAUGUGAUGAAACUCUGCUGGGAUGCGAACUCUGUCAGACGGCCAGAGAUGAAUGAGGUGGUGAAGAUGCUGGAAGUGAUUGAUACCUCCAAGGGCGGAGGGAUGAUCCCUCCUGAUCAACAACAAGGUUGCUUCGGGUGGUUCCGGAGGCACCAAGGCCCUUGAGAAGUUAAAUCAUCUCGAUCUAACGAGGUAAGAUUUGUUGCUCGAAGGGUGAAUGAGGCUUAGAGAAAACGAGCAGGCGAAUCAAUCGCAGCUGGAAGAUGCGGCGCUGGGCUAUUUAUGGCAAUGCAUCUAGAUUGUGUAAUAUGUAGUGUCUAUUUUUGAUGAUGAUGUAAAGGUAUUCAUCUCCCUGUGCAACCCUUUCUCUCCCCCCGUGAAGUUUAUGAAAUAAUUUAUUUACCAUUA